AUGAAUGAUGAGGGACUGGAUGAAGAUAGCAAAGACGAUUUGCUGAGGACUUUGUUUUCAGAUGAAAAUCAAGAAGAUGAUCAUUGGGAUGCCGAUUCUGGCGAAGCAAAGGACCCGACUGGACUCGAUCCGGAUUUUAGAGAGGCGUUGAAGACAAACGAGGAGUUUAGAAUAUGGUUUGCUCUCAUGGCCGCAUUUGCCGCCCUCAUUGGCCUUGGCCUUCUGUACAUAUUCGCGCAGAUUUUCAUCUUCAAGAAGGAAAGAUUCUGGUUCUUCUCGAAUAUGGGAUACUUUAGCGGCGAAUUGUCGCAAAUAUCCCGUUUGGGUCGACCGGCAAAUGCACAGUCAUCUGAAAUGGCGAGCGAAAAGCCGCCCGAAUAUGAUGAUGUCGUCAAACCCCCAAGCUAUGAAGAAAUAAUGAGUUCAAAUCGACAAGAAUGCGAAAUAAGCACUGCCACUGUGUAA